AGAACGCGCGCGCUACGUGUUGGAGGCCGACCAGUCGAUGUCGCAGUAGACCCGUAGACCCUCGAGAACAGCUGCAGCUGUUGUUGUUAUGGGACUCGCGGUGAAGCCGCUGCACGGCCUCAUCGCGUAACAACAACCGACGGUGCCAGUUGGGGAGUUCCCAAAGGAGGCAGUGGCGGCACCUGUCUCAGGCGGCUGUGCAUGAGGAGAGCCAUCUCAGAGUGCCGAGAUGACGUCGUCCACGCUAGUCGAGACGGUGUCUCUCAACUACGAAGACUUCAGCGAGAACUUCCUCACGUGCAGCACGUGCCUGUGCACGUAUGAUGGCCAGGAGCGCAGCCCCAAGCUCCUCUCUUGCUCCCACACGGUGUGCCGCAGCUGCCUCGAGCGCCUUGCUGCGGCGGCCCGAUCCCAGCACGAGGGCACCCUGAGGUGCCCCAUCUGCCGUGAGGCUGUUCCUCUGCCGGAGCCUGGGGUCGGGGCGCUGCCCCCCAGCUUUCUGGUCAACCAGUUGCUGGACCUUGUUGCCAGCCGGCGGCGUGAGGUCGUGCCCAAGUGUGCCCUCCACCCCGCGGGACCCGAGUUGCUUUUCUGCGAGGCGUGCGAUCAAGUGUUCUGCUCCACGUGCCUCGGUCCUGCUCAUGCCGACUCCAGCCACACUGUCGUUCCCUUCUCCAUUGCCGUCAAGCGCAUGUCCGAGAUACUUCUGUACAAAUCUCAACUGUGCCUGAGCAAACUGGAUGCAGCAGCAGAGGCAGUAAGUGCCGAAAUCACACGACUCGACGCUGCUGCCGAAGAAGUAACGGACCAAAUCGAGGCCUCUUUUCGAGAAAUUCAGGACCUUCUAGAGCAGCGGCGGAAGUCACUCUUGGCCACAUUGCAGGCACUCUGGGACCGCAAGAAAGAGGCCCUCGAAGAGCAGCUGAAUCAAAUCCAAAACGAGAGGUCUCAGCUUGAGCAGGAGUGCUGCACCCCCGAUAGUCAGCUUGACGUCCGAAACCUUACGAAGAAGAUUGCCGACUUGGACGUCAAAAUGGGCUCUCUAGAUCACUUGGCUGAACCUCGCGAGAACUGCUAUCUUCACUUCGACUGUGCGUACAACUCAGCCCUCGACGACAUUGCGCAGGCUCUCAGGGUCUUCGGAAAGCUCGAGACGAGCCGCACGUUCCCGCCCUUGUGCACAAUUAGCGUCAAAGACUGUCCGGCAUACGUCAAGGCCCGUGCUUUGCUUCGUACCUACGACUGUGACGGUCGGCCUCAGACGGUGGGUGGAGAUCCUGUGACUGUGGCAUUAGUGGCGUGUAAUGAGGAUCAGAAACCGCUUGACGUUCAAGUGAUAGACCGCGGCACCGGUGAAUACACCGUGACGUUUCAGGUGCCUCGCGUCGCGCGAUACCGCCUUGCCGUGUCGGUGCUGGGCCGACCCUUGCAGGGCAGUCCUUUCGAGUUUGCCGCCACCGACAACAUCGAUCCCGAAGCGGUGUUUGGCCGACGCGGCGACGGCACGGAUGGCUUCCAUCAGCCUGUGGCCGUGGUGUACGGACCGGAGGGCCUGCUGUACGUGCUGGACACAGGAAACUGCAGAAUUAAGGUCCUCACGCCGGAACUUCGGUUUGUCCGUCAUUUGACGGGAGUUGGCACUGAGGAACGCGGAGGUACGGGACUCGCCGUCUCCUCAUCAGCAGGCACUCUGGUGACAUGCAACUGGAGGACCCGUGCAAUCACCGAGUUCACCGCUGACGGGACAAUCGUUAGGACCUUCACGCAUGACGACCUGCUCGAACCCACAGCCCUCGCAGUCAACUCCCAGGGGGAUGUGUUUGUUGUGGACAGUGGGAAACGCUGCGUCUUCAUCUUUAACCAAGACGGCACACUUGUCAAGAAGGUGGAAGGAAAAGUGCUGGCACUGCCAACCAACUUCAACCCAAGUGCCGUUGCAGUGAGUGCGGAUGACAGCGUUCUAGUGGUGGACUCGACGAUACACGUGCUGAACCCACAAGGCAACGGCCUCUCGACAAUGUUUGUCGAGGGCAAAGGAAAAGGAAGAUUUGGGGGUGUCUGCGUCGACGCACAAGGCAUUGUGCUGGCCACUCGCUCUGGCCGCAGCAAGAAUAACGUCCUGUUAUUUGACCGGGUCGGCGGGCAGCUCACCUACACGAUAGAGAGCCGGGGUAGCCGGCUCGGUCGGCCUCUCGGAAUCGCCGCACUCCCAGACGGCCAUGCCGUCGUGGUGGACCUCGGCAACGACUGCAUCAAGAAGUAUCGGUACAAGUGAUGUGUGUUUGUUGUUCUGCCGUUGCCCUGUUUUGCAGGUCUGCGUUAUCUAGUAUUUCUAUGCAUCACAUGCUAGUCACCGCAGAGGCACAUGCGUCUGUGGCCGCCUGUCCAAAGCUCUCUUCAGUAGAGUAGAUGGGCCCAACACUUCCUGAGCCAUUACUUUUGCUGUAGUUUGCCAUAAGAAUGCACUGGUAGAAUAGUAAGCCUGUCGCAGUGUUCAGUCACAAAUGUAUUGGGUGCCUUCUCGUCACGAUCUGUGCGAUAUAAAUUUUAUUGAAGGGUCCACAUAACUUAAAAAUGAGCAUAGUAUAUGCACUUUGGUAUAGCAGUGCCGAGUAACUUCCCCUGUGUGGAGCCGGUAUAGUAGCGAUGCCCUAUUGAUCAAGCGGGCAACCUUGAUGCGCAUCAAGUGCUCUUCACAGCAGCACUAAUCACAAGCAAGCUGCAAUUACAAUUUUUCAAGACUUUUAAAAGCUUGCAUUCGUAGACCUUUCUAGGUGAUGGGAAUAAGAGCUUGAAGCGCACAAUUAAAUCUGUAAGUGAGGUUUGUCACACAGUAUGCACUUCAAGUUUUCUUAUAGUAUGUUGCUACCCAACAGCCACAGGUAGCCACAUUUAUCUGCAGCCAUAAUACCUUCCUUUUUUCCCCCCCGUUUAAGCCAUAUUGCUACGUAUUCAACGUAUUUUGCAGUGCAUUCAUUGUGAUGCACUAUAUAUAGUCUUUGUCAAAAGUAUAUGGGCCUUUGCCGUAAGUGUCGUUUGGCUGUGUGGUGUCGCUCUUCUGGGAAUCCUUACACUCCGGAGCUCUGGAUAAUGGCAGUGAUGAUUAUUUUCAUUUGCCAUAUAGCUGGGAACUCAUGCCAUCCCACAGGAACUAGCAGCUUUUAGUCACCAUGGAAGUUGUGGGCUGUGCAGCCUGUAUACAUUUGACAAAGAAUGCACAAGUUCCUUUAGUGCACGGAACCUCGUUUUCAGACAAGGCACAGUCACUUUGGUUGCCAUCUCUGUAAGAACUACUGCUUAGUUGUAGUUGCAGACGGUGGUGUCCUCUCACUGCUGCGAUUGAAUGCUGGGAAAAUGCUUUAAUGGGAAAUGCUUUAGAAGCCCUGCAUUUUUUGUUUGGUGUGAAUAAUUUAUCUGGUUUUAAUGCGUGUCGGGCACUUUGAAUCUUUUCUUUUGUUUGUCUGUAUUGCUGCCGCUGAGGUCACAUCUGGCAAGUUUGCGUGUGAACGGUUAGUUGUAAAACCUUCGUCGUGCGUGCUUACUGUCAUGACAGCAGUUAAGUAGCGAGGGAGAGCAGUUCUGAAUGUAAUAAUUGGUCAGUCACAUUUUGUUUGGAGAGUGCUUAGAAUGGGACAUUACACAAUCGCGCUUAAAAAUUAAGUUCAGAUAUACACAGUUGAGAAAGACCAAAGUAAGAGUCAUGUGUCAUACCUCUACUGCAUCAGCUGCUUUCGUUAGCACAAAAUGAAGGGGUCCUUACGAAGCUUAACGAGGAGACUCAAAACCUACAACUUUCCUUAACAUAUGCAUGAUUGUCGAGCCUGUCUUUUUUUUUUUGGAGCAGUUCCAGAUGUGCGUAAUCAUCGCUUUAUUGUGCUGUUUCUGAAUACGAGAAGUAUUUUACAGUACCCGAGGCGCUCAUAGAGACGUCAAAUGCCUUCCCCCCCCCCCAUUGUAUCGCACGAGGUUACUGACAUAGUUGUGCUUUUGUGCUCUUUUUUUUAUUAUUUAAUGGCCACAGAACACGCAGGACAGGAGUACUGUUGUCACGGGGUAGCUAGUCCUUUCUUGGAACUUAGUGCAGGCAGCGCACCUAACUCUUUCUGCUGUCACGUAAUUGCGUUUGCCUAUGCGGUACUCGCAGCUGUUCGUAGUGCGUGCCCUCGUGACGUCAAUGAAGGCACGUGCAGGUGUUUCCCCGCAGGUGUUUUUCCGAAGCACGUUGUUUGCCACUUGUUUUUCUGCAAGACAGUUGGUGCCAGUCGUAUGCACGUGUCCGAAGGACAAGAAAGAGAAAACUGGGUAGUACAAAAAAAACAGCUUUGCGAUAUGCGCAGAAUAGACAAGACAAGGCAACCGAAGUAGAAUAAACACAUUUCUGUUUCUUCCUUUUUUUUUUUCUUUUUGGCACAGUGUGUAGGCUUCGUUUAGAAAGAGUGCGUAAGUAUAAUUCCGACACUAAGUAAUAAGCUGUAAUUAAACAUGAAGGCCUGUGAUCGAGCUUUUUACGGCUUUUUUUUUUAUUUUAGGAAAACAAGCUUGAGUUUUGCUUUCUAAUGAAGUCUGUGCAACAUGCUAAAUACUUUCUCCAAGCAACUUCUAAGCUAAUCAGAAUAAUAUUUGCGAUGCAACAUCGGUUAAUAAAGAAAAGUCAAAUUUUAGCGAGUCACUGGUGUAGAAGUUAAAACAAAAUUCGAGGUUCAUGACUCUUAAUUCCAGUACAGAGGCAGACGUUGCAGUUGUGCAUGUAACGCAUGAUAGAGCAAAGGACAAAAAUAAUUCAUUAGCAAUUUAUGUAAAAGUUUUGCUUUCGUUUAUGUAAUUCUCACACGUGCACGUCAGAUUUUGCGGCAAAUGUAAUAUAUAUAUAAUUUUGAUGGUGGUUUUUGUAGCAGGAUUAGAGUUGCAAACGUGGUGUUUACCUUUUUCUGAUUUUUGCGUCUUUAUCAAUUUUUCUUAACUGAAAGCUGCUUAAAUCAGAAUAUAUUCUCAAUAUUCACUGUCGUUUGACCUUAUUUUUGAAUGCAACAAAUUUUCUGGUAAUUGGUUCUGAACUUGCCAAAUGAUGGUAUUUCUAUGCAUAUUUGAUUAUGAAGAGUGUUUCAGUAGUGUGUCGACACCUUAUGCAUCACAUCAACUAUUUUUGUGUAUGAAAAUUUCAUCAUCUAGCAGCUUAUUUGAAUGUACUGCUCAUCUAAGCAGAGUGCCUGUCUUUUUUUUUUUUUUUUUUUGUAAACCAUGACAUUGCCUAGCUUGGCUCUUAGCUGUGCAUACAAAAUGUUUACCUCCCAUUCUCGAAUUUGUCAGUCUGUAGCGUUAGAGCUGCGUCACCUGAUAACCGUGACACAUCUUCAAUGUUACUGUUGAAAAACCUUGUCAAACAUGUCGGAUUUUGACCUAUGGGUGUUAUCAUGCAUCAAUUUACCACUACCUAUACCCUGUCCGAUGCUAACAGCGUGAUUCAGCUAUACAGUUCACUUCCGUUAUGACAUAUUUCGCAUUCUAGCCUUUAGUUCUGUUUUUUUAUGUUCUUUUCCUAGGUGGGAAAUAGCCCUUCCAACUUCCUGGUAUUGUUUUGUCCUCUUUUAAUCUUUCCUUGCUCAUGAAUGACUGGCUUCCCGGAUUACAAAAUCUGUUGUCAUUCUUAUCUCUUGAUGACAACAUAGUGCUGUAGUCUUCAAAUGAGAUCAUUCUUGUUGCAGUAGGCAUGGUAGUGGCAUGCUAUCAACUAUUGCCCAUUUGUCCAGCAGAAAUUUCAGGCAUAUCCUGCAAUUUUAUGUAGUAGCUCUUAAAUGUUGUAAACUAUUGGUCAAGGCUUAAGCUUUUUUUUAUCACUAGAAUUACCUUUCAACGCCAGUUGCUCACUACAUUCUGGAGCUUCUUUGCAUGAAAAACGAUUCUGCUAUUCCCGUGCAUCGCUGCACCCCGAUCACUAGCUGUAACUACUGCAGGUUGUCGGCGAAGAUUUAGCUCCUUGUAGAGCAUUUUGUAUUAAGAGUGAGAGUGAUGAGGCAUCACAAAGAUAACACGUCUAUGAUACCACGUCUAUAACACAUCUGAUGACCAUGUACUCAGUGCCUCGUCCCAAGGCACUCUCUUGCACAGCAUUUGAGCUCCCCAUAGCCGGCAGCUUCUGUCUAUUUUUGAAGUUUUCAGCCAAAUUUGACAAAUUUUUUAUGUAUUGUUUAAAGAUGAAACAGCAUGACCAUGACCUCCUGUGAGUAUGCAUGUAGGUUUGAGCUUAUUCUAUUGCCUCGCAUGGGCAGUUUUUGUGCCUUGCUUCUUGCAUAUCUUUUCUAGUCAGUCAUGGAUGAGUUAAAGGUGCAUUAUUCAUUCCAGGUAAAUUACUGGAAAUUCCUUCAGCGCAGAUGCGUGGCAAGUUGUGAAAAUUAUAAAUCAGAAUGUGACAGCAGCAGCAGCAGUGACGCGUGUGAAAAAUAUUAGUGUUGUAGUGGUUAUGUUAACCAUCUGCAACCACCGAUCUAGUAAAGGGUAAAACGAAAAUUUGGUGUUUAUGAGCAAAUCCCUAUCUUGUGGGACUGUCCAUUUAUAUCUACCACUAAGUGACAGCUCGCACAAGCGUCGAAAAGGAACAGUCCUAGCGGUCUGCUAGUUUGCGAAGAACAUCGGGAAUUGUUUCGUCGCCGCUCCUCGAUCAUUUAAAGCUGAACUGUUCCGGUGGUCCAGAGACGCGUGGUUUUCUUUCGCGUUUUUUGCUGUGUGCGCACGGAGACGUUAUAUCACAAGUACCAAUCUCAGGAAUCUCUUGUACCUUGCACUUCCUUCAUUUUUGUACACCGAGAGUCUGUAUUUUCUUCGCACAAGAGAACGCCAGCCUGAAUGUGUGUGCAUAUCAUCAGGUUGUUUGUACAGGGCCUGAUGUGCUGCCUUUCCUUGGUGAACAUUGUAUUUUUUAAAAAACCUGACCAGAUACAGCCUGUGCAAGCAAACAAUGUAUCAUUGUUCAAGAGUGCGCAAGAUGAUCAAUGGCUUGUAAAACAUUUUGUAACUGCAGGCCGGCCCCUCUCUUCGUCAAAAGAAACGGGCUCAAUGUACUGAAGAUCUUGGUUUAUGCCUGACUUUAAGGGUGAACUUCAACAAAAGAGCAUUGACUCGGAAAGUGUGUACCAAACAGCCUGUGCGCACUGGAAUUUAGGCAUACUAUUGGUUCACUUAGAAAUGCAGUAACACUAAUGAGUGUAUAAUUUCUAGUUGAAUUUUUUCUAGAGCAUAGAGGGGUUCUGAGAACCUUACAGGGGUUCUGAGCGUGAGGCUGCGUUCCCUAUUUUCCUAUAAGCAGUACAAUGAUGAUUCUGAAGUUCUUGUUAUAUUGCUGCAACAACAGUUUGCCGAGCUACGCAUCUUCAGCCUAGCAGGAAUUUGGUUUUUGCUUCUGCAGGUUUUAACACACUUUGUAUUGAAUUUGUUGGUUAGUCCCAAGGUCCUUUCACAAACCAAGGUUUAUUGCCAGAUGUACACACGAAUAACUGCUUCCAUCUCACAGGCGCAACUCUUUGCUUUUUGCAUUCUUGGGAGAAACUUGCCUGAAGACACGCUGCAGUGGAAUGUUCACCAAAGAUAUUUUUAAUUUUCCUUAACAUGAAUGACACACUAACCGUUUUUUUUUAUUUCUAUACAAAAUACUCAGCUUGAUCCAGUGUCACACCAUACAUCAUGUUUGUCUGCAUUCUUAUGUGUACAAGUGCUGGUCAUCUAUAUCUGCAUGUUCAAAUUGUAUUCUGUGCUGUGCACCUCUGUAAAGAAGUGUGGCUUUUGCUGAAAUGAUUACAUGAAUACAUGACACUACCAUAGCUUCUUACUCAUAACAGUUAUGUGUUCCUACCGUUCCUGAUGCUCGUAAAAAACAGCAUAUUUUUCACUGCAGUUCUUUUUCACCAACUUACCGGUGUCUCUCAAAGCGCUCAAAAUUGAGAAAAUGGUUUAAACGUACGCUAAAGGCAGACAUGGAAACAUUUUGGGGCAUUAGGUUGCUCUUAUGAAGACCUUUAAACACUUGCUUGAAUCCAACAGACGAAUUGGCUUCAGCAAACGGCAGAGAAAAUCACGAGUGAAAGUGCCACAUGGAGUUGAUAUUGCUUGCUAUGAAGGGCUCCUUUGUGAAGGUAUCCCGAGCUAUGCCAAUAAUCACUCUCUCGUCACUUUACGUCCUUAAUGCCCCCAUGAGGUGAUAAAAACUUUGCUUCCGAGAUCGCUUAUGUGAUCCCGGAAAUCAGGUUCUUUGUAGCAAUGCAGCCCACAAUGUUAAUACAACAGGUCACUGACCAAUGUAGAAAAUGUAUAUAUAUACAGGGAUAUUUUGGGAUCUUUGCAGGUCUUAUUUACAUUGGACAAUGAACUGGUCAGUACAAGGUUAGCUUGCAUAUGCUUGAGUACUCAUUCCAUGGUUUGAGAAUAUGUGUUGUCCAGAUUGCCUUGUGUCCUGCUAAGCCUGUGAUUUGGUUAAACAGCUACUCCGGACAUUACUUUCCUGCUGGAUUCUUUUUCAUGAUAAUGACCUACAGCUCGUCCCAGAUUCUCGAUCGGUACAUUUUGAGCGUGCUCUGCAAUGGAACUUGGCACUGCAUGGGCUUUGGCAACAUCUUUUUUACAUUGCUUCAGUCACGCCUUUGUAUGUUGACAGAUUUGUAUGCUGCCUUCUUCCAUGUAGACAGAUUAACAGUCUGCUUAUUGAGUCUGUUGAACAGUUUGUGACACUCUACCAGCCAUGGUAGCUUAGCAACUAAGGUUUUGCAUUCCUAACCUUGAGGAAGGGUUCAAUUCUCAGCUAUGGCAGCUGCAUUUUCAUGGGAGCGAAGUGCAAAGAACACGUGUACUUAUAUAUAGGUGCACAUCAAAUAACUCCGUGUAGUCAUAAUUAUUGUGGAGUACCCCACUACGACACGUCUCAUAAUUGCAUCAUAGUUUUUGGCCCAUAAAACCCCAGAAUUAAAUUUUUCUUUUUUCGUUCCAAAAGCUCAGACCUGGCACUUUCAAUGGGACUAGUGGUCAUUCACAUUAAUAAGCCCAUUCUUUGUCUUUCUCCUCAGCUUAGGCCUAGUCUGGACACCUUUUCUCAUGAAAAGAUUCUGAUCAAUCAUCUGCUAAUUCCAUGUAUUUUGAUCUCGAGUAUUCUGGGAAGUUGCCUACCAAAUGCCAGGCAAUAACUUGCUGCACCACCUUUUCAAUAAAUUUCGUCGGGCAACCAUUCCAUUCCAAGGUCAUUCCGGACUGUCUCCAGCUCUUUCAGUUGUCAGGCCAUGGCACAUUUGUCCAUGAAGCACAAUGAUAGACUGCUUGUGAGCAGACAGGCGCACGGACUUGGAAGUGUAGGUUUUGUUUUGUUCUUCACAUUGGUCAGUGACGUGGUGGACCAACGCCUCUUUUACCCAGCCAGACAGCGCUUUGUCAAACUCAUUGGUUACGUACAGCCGGCUUUGAUUUACAGGCAGAGAACGCCACUAAGCUGUAGCAUCGAACGACCCCAGUAGUAUCAGUGGGCUGCCCUGCAGGCAAGUUCCAGUCAAAUUGACAAAGCUGUGUUUUCUCUCGCAUUUAUAUGUAAUGUUGUUACCUCAAAAUACCGAGUAAUUACCUGCUUAUUAUUGACGAUUGGCUGAAGUUCACUAAUUGUACACAGCACAUGUUACAACAUGGGCACGCCACGUAUUUCUUCCAACGGCAGCAUCAGCACCGUUAAACAUUGGUGUGACAAUUUCACUUGAUGGGACACUUUUGGGCCUUUAGACACUGUAAUGUAUAGCUUCAUUUAAUGCCUGCCUUUUGCGCAUCUUUAAACAGAAAUCGUGUAUAACAUAUUUCUACACAGUCUCGUGCCCGUUUUGCAUGCGACAUUGUUGUGAACGAGGUAUGUACCUUGGGAGUUAUCAGGUUUCGUCGCCAGGCACAGCACAUUUUAGCCAGAAUUAAACGUUUCUCACUAGGCGUACCAGUGUCGGGCAGUGCGACUGCAUCGUACAUGAUCAGCACUUGAAAGGCUCACCAAGGAAACCGUUCACUUCAAGCUCACUCCUAACAGCACUCUACAAAGCUUGGCGUCAAUUGCACAAGUGUUUUUUGUUGCUGCACAUUGAUGGUUUUAGUUCACAUGGUGCCACUUUGCGCAACUCUUUUGGAGCAGAUAAUGGAAAAGAGCUAAGGUGCACAUUUAUGGUCAUAGAGUGUGUGUCCUGGUUUCUUUCAAGCCAGCAUGUAAUCCACACAAAACACUCCCGAAAUGCAUUGUCUAUUUUGCAAAAAAAGCAAGCCUAUAUCUUUGUGAUCACUUUCUUUUAUUCUAUGUAGUGUGUGCCGAUAUGAUGUGUGGGAUUGUUUUUCAUAGCUGUGUUGUGCACAGUGAGCUAAAGGUGCACGACGCUAUGCCUUCUUUUAAUAAUAAAUGAGAUGGUUACUUUGCUGAAGUUUAUUACACUCUUUACGGUUUACCUUUUUAUUAUAUUUUUCUCCGUGCUUUUUUAUACCUUGCCAUUUUUAUAACCAAAUGGGAGACUGCGCAUGUUAUUGCAGUUUGCUGUUUUAUUUUGGCCGAGAAGGCAUAGCCAAUUCUAGGUUGUUUCUAAUGUGCCACAUUUGUUUGAAACAUUUGCUGGUAUAUAUAUAUGUAUGUGCUGUUGCAUUGCAGCAGCAAGGGCAUCCCUUCUUGUUAUUUUUUUUUCCCUUUCACAAGGCUUAGUGUGGUCGAUGGAAUACCUGAAAGGGACCCUGCUGCAUGCAACUUGGUUGAUAACAUUGGCUUGCAGGACCAGGCAUAUAGCGUUUUUGUUUUUUUUUAACUGGUGUUAAUGGCAGUCUGGAGAAGCUCCUAAGACAUGUGGGCAGAAACUAAUUUAUUCUUAGCUGCUGUAAAAAAUGCCAGGCCUGCGUGGAACACGCAGCACAGUCACAGUGAAAGCUGGAAGAGCGGUCUUCUAGAGCCAGUUGUAAACUCUCUUGGGUUGACUACUGCUAGUACAGUUGCAAGAUAUGCACGACACCAUGAGUCACUAUAAUUUUGCGAAGUAGGGUAGUUCCCACCAUGCCAUUAUUUAACAUUUUACGGAGAAGCGAGGUAGCCACUAGGAGUCUGUAACCCAUUAUGUGCACUUUGUUGAUGCUUAAAGUUGUAUUUUCCCACAUGGAUCGAGUACAGUUGAACCCAGAUAUAUCGAAUCCUAAGGGGGUCAAAAUAUAGUUCCUUAUAUUGGUAAUUCAAUGCUAGAGAUAUAAGCUACAUGUAGUACACUUCACUGCACGUUAAGUUAUUACCACUCGUUGCAUGCUUCACCGCAUUACACCACUGUGUGCAGCGAAGCAUAUCAAAACAAAUACUGUGAAGGGCAAAUAAAAAUCUGAAGGAGGUCACAAAAUAGUUCUGUGCACUGGUGAUUCAAUACGAGAGAUAUAAGCAACAUGCAGUGUGCUUCACUGCAUGACAGUCCUUUCAACUUUACAUGCUUUACCGCAUUACACCGCUGUACUGCAGUGAAGCAUAUCAAAGCAAAUAUUUUAUUAUGCAGUGCAAAUGAGAUCCUUGAUGCACUGGCCAUGUAUAUGAAAAGAAAUGCUCAUUUUUCCUCUUUGCAUGCAAUUUCCUUCAGAUUCAAUGCCCUACUUGAGAGUAUCUACCAAAACAUUGCCGAUUUUCUAUAGCAUAACCAUUUUCAACAAUGCGCAAUGUGACUGCAGUACCAUAUGGAGAAACUCCUGGAGGGGUGCAGCAUUCGAUAUUCUGAACGUUCUGGAGAACAUUUUUUUAUAUAUAUGUUACACAGUGCUGUACUGUUGCGCGGAAUUUUAAGGGGAUGCUACAACUGUUCUAUGUUUUACAUAGACAAUAAUUCCGUACAUGUGGGUUCGACUGUACGUGCAAAAAACAUGGGUCCUGUGGCCGACACAACUUAAGGAAUGGAAGCACAGUACGAAGCUAUAGGGAAGAGAAUGCCCAUGAAGUCAUAGUUUUUUCCCAUAGAGAAAACGUUUCUGUCUACGUGUCUUCAGUUCUCCAGGCAUGUCUAAGUGCCGUAAUAAUUUAUAUGGGAAAGAAAUUGAUGUGUGUCACCUGGCAUCAUCAAAGCUGGCUUUGAAUGCGGGGUUUUUUUUCUGCGAAUGAAUGGUGUGAGUGCAUUAAAUAAAGAGCCUCCUAAAGUAUA